AUGCCGCUAUCCGAACUGUCCAAAGGCAUGCAUCCGAGAGACCUCAAGCAAGGUAAUAAUGUCGAGACGGGCUCCAUUCGGUCUGCGUCAGGCUCAACGCAUGAUCCAAGGCCCAAGUCCGCUAGUACGGCUCCCUCCCAGAGCUCUGCGGCAAGUUCCAGCUCGAGAGCUUGUCUCCUCUCCGUUCACGAUGAGAAUUUCUCUCGAGAGGAUGUUCUGUUCAAUCGCCAGGCUCUGGGUGACUGGGCUGUCAAAGUAGGAGACCUUAUCGAGUUAUCCGCAUUUCACGGUGACCCGUCAGAUUCCCAGCAGGAUGGGGAUCCUUCUGGUGCCAGCACCCAACAGGAUGACCCGGGAGGGAACCCGCCACGAAGCCAGGGCGGUGGUGGCCGUUAUAGCCCUUUACCCGGUCAUCGAGACCGCCGAGGUGACAGUGCGGUGCCAGAGACCUCUCAAACUAUGGGAAACUUCCUUUUUAUCGUCAAGCACAUGCAGCCAGAGAUUCUAGGAAGACACCCCAAUCUCCAGAUAUCAGUCUCAAAUCAAGUCGCCAACAGGUUUGGAUUCAAAAAACGCUCCCAGGUGCUCUUGACUGUGAAGCCACGGUCUUUGUGCUCCGCAACUCAUGUCGAGCUAGUAUUCCGUGAUCAGUUCCUGCUGCGGUCCGAUAUGUGGAGGCUUGCCAUGUCAGAGUUGUUAGAGCGGCCUCUCUACAAGGGCCAAAAGAUUGUCUUCAUGAAUACUGUAAAAGCAACAGUCAAGUCUAUCUUUCAAGAUGGCCGGAAAGUGAUGGCUGGCUACUUCACGCCUCGUACUAUACCGAUCUUUAGAAGCGAGUCCGCAAGAUAUGUUCUCUUCAUUCAGAUGUCCAAGGAGAUGUGGGACUUCAACACGGAAGAAACUGGUGAUAUCCUAUUUAGUCGGGUGAUUGAUGGUCUUCUGCCAGAACUCUUUAAACGGUGGGCGAGCAUAGACGCUCACCAUCUUAUCACCAUCGUGCUAUUUACCAGGGUCCAAUAUAACCACAGCUCCUUUAACGAGUUUAAACCAAUAAUCCUCAACAGUAGCUCACUGAAUCAAUCUACGAUAGGAGAGGAUGGGACCAGCGUACAGGAUUUUUACCGGGUCGUUGUCAAUGACAUGCCCAGUGGCCGAUGGACUGCCAUCUUGGAUGAGCUUAAAAGGGAAUUUAGAACAUUCCUCCGUGAUAUUCUGAUUCCCCCACCCCAGGCGUCAAAGGACGAUGAUAACUUUGCCGAGGGUUCUCCGCCUAUCACUACGGCGGGAACUUCGCCCACUAUCGCUGGCCACCUCACUUCAGCAAUAAAGGGCAACAUCUUAGAAGCUAUCAAUAUUGCUUCGUCCUAUUUAGAUUUUGAGUAUGUUGGCCGUGACUUGGUCAGGACGGGAACAUCAAUCGUUGUGAUAACUCCUGGUUCUGGCACUUUCGAAGUGUCAUUUGAUACUCUCGCUUUGACCUCGGACGCCCUAGGUAGUCGCUCUAUUGGCAUUGACCUUAUAUGCCUGAGUCCCAUGCCACUACAUUCGGUGCCACUAUUCAAAUAUAAAAUCCCAAAACGACGCCCAUCAAAUGCAUCAGCAUCCACUACAAAGAAUGACACAGCUUCUCCCCCACCUUCUGAGGUGGUAUCGUCAACAUCUACUACGACUACGAUUGCCGCCUGGCCCCCUACCCCAAAGCCUGCUCAACUGGCUGGUUCAGGUGCGGUUUACUCAAGUCCUGCUGCCAAGACAAACAUUGACUCUGAAGGGUGGGGGUAUGGAAUUCCAUACUGGAUUGACAUCUCCUUUUGGGGAGCUCAUAAUUAUCAGGACAAAAAAUGGAAGAAAAAUAACGUUACGCCGCCAGCAUUUGGCACAGUCGCACCACAGCCGAAAUUAUUCCAGCCCAAAGUCCGGAUGUACGAGAUACAGAUGAUGGGAGUAAUGGAAAGUGAGCAGUCAAAUAUAUCUAUACCUAACCUUCACGUUGGGCAUUCAGUCAUAGAUGACACAGCUGUGCGCCCACGAAGCUCUGAACUUGGCGCCUUAAAUUCUCCGUCUACAUUAGCUUCCCAUAAUUCGUCACACAAACCUCAAACGCGCGAUAGAGGACAGCCGGGAUCGUUCAUGUAUAGCUUUAAAGACUCUAAAAAGCUGAUAAUGUCCAACCAGGAAAAAAGGCGGACGAGUUUAACUGAGUGGAUGGAUUCCUACGACGAACUAGCAUUUCACAUACGGUCUAAAAAACGAGUACCGAAAUCACACUAUAAACAGAAGUCACCAAGCAUUUCCAAUCUUUCUAUCUCCUCCAGACGAGCCUCACAACAGCCACCACGGGCCUCAGCCCUCCAAAGGAGUUCAACUACCCCGACUCGCGCAAGUGCUGUUUCUCCCAUUUCUAACCCAGUCACAAACUUGAAUAAGGGGUUACCUGUCCCCACCACAAAACCAAGCCAUAAGUCUAACCUUAAGGACACUUCAAAACCUCCAGCCUCACGUAAUAAUACCCGUUCAAUUAGCUUUGCAUUGCUAGGAUUUGGUCGUGCGCCUCCAACAGCUACUGCAAGCACUCAGGUGAAAACUGAGUAUGCAAAAGCACUACCAACUGCGAGCGGGAAAACCCCAGAUGAAAAUGUAUAUGAUUCCAAAUUAGAUGAUCACUCUCAAUUACUCGGCCCUCUUCUACCGGUUGUGGUAGAGCAGCAGAACACAGACGAAUCUAGUCAUUCAGAAGUUAUUCCUUCAAGGCCUAUAUCUAUUAGAACAGCAGUCACUCAUACCCCGAAAGAAUCUGGUACAGGUGCAGCUUCUUUGGACGGUUCGUUCCCCGCCCCUCUACCCCAAAUGCGACAUGAUCAAGGGAGUUUAUUUGAAAGUCAGGCUGCUGGCUCAAAACGAACUGGUCGUAGGUUAGAUAUGGCAAACAACAAUACCCCAGUCACAGGGACUCCUGUUCCUUCGGCAGAGAAAGUAUUAGACCCUUGGAUAAAACAUGUUAAGCCAUGGAAUCCUCCCAAACAUCUUCCUGCACGAGAGAGUUGGUUUGGGCGGUGGCACCACGUCUACCCUCGCAAACCGACCACAUCAUCUGUAAACUGGAAGAGUUUGAAAUCACCCGCUGCCUUACCUCUAACCACAGAAGAAUUCCCAACCGGGGAUGAGUUGGAAACAAAUUACUUGCAGACCCCCUACACUGUUUAUCAGGAUGAAGACUCUGAAAUGACUGAAAGCCCCAAAACGAGGGAUGCGUUACUGAGGGAAAUGAUUGCCCUACGAUUAUCUCACGGAUUCCAAAUAGUUCUCAGGAAUCAAAGAGAAGAUAUCACAUUUGGAGACUCUAUUUUCGACCUAAGUGCCCUGGCGAAAGAUAAUGUGACCAUUUACAUGUCAAUGGGUGGAGUUAUUCAUCGUUUAGUAUGCGUUGGUAGAGGUGAAAUUGAAGUUACUCAAUUCACACGCAAGCCUCUCAACGGCUACCUACAGGACUCAAAGGACUUGGAAAUUACUUAUCGCCCUGCUGUCAAGACAAUCCAAGGGACGCAGUACUGCAAAAACCGCAUCCGCUUGACAUUGUCUCAACUUGAAUAUAAUUGGAGCUUUGCAGAUUCAUUCCUUGCCGGCCAUCGAGAUCAUUUAGCAGAUUCUUUGCGUCAGCUUAAACACUGGCGAACGCGCUUUGUUUUAAUACCCGUUCAUGUUUCAACGCAUUCCCGACGCCCUAAUUCCUCCAUAAAUGAGGAUAACGAGGAAGAACGUCAUAUAAUGGGUAUCUAUCAGCUAACACAAGUUUGGCAACGGUAUAAAUAUGUCCCCCCAGAGGAGAAAAGAUUUCAAUCAACUAGCAUGAAAAAGAAGGAUCAAAACCCGCUAAACAUUCUUUAUCAAACAUGCGAUCCGUCUGUCGUCGUUGCAACCGAACUUGACAGGCUUUUACUAGAAGACCCAGGACUCGAUAAUCCACCUGCACAGCUUCUCCCCGAAUCAGAAUUGCUCCAGAAAUCUUCCGUAUCACUAUCCUCAAUUGCUCAAGCAAUGCAGUCUGAUAAGGGAGUAAGAAUGAUGGAUAGAAGAUGGCACUGGCGCCUUCAUUACAAUUGUUUCGUUGGAAUGGAGUUGACAAGCUGGCUGAUAAAAAAUUUCAGUGAUAUUGACACCCGUGAUGAAGCAGUACAAUUCGGAAAUGAACUCAUGAAGCAUGGGCUCUUCCACCAUGUACAGCGGAGACAUAAUUUCAGGGACGGGAACUAUUUCUAUCAGAUUACUGAUGAAUAUAGAAUAACUAGGCCGGAGCCUAAGGGCAGUUGGUUUCAGACCCUCAAAGGUGACAAGUCGGCCCCCGCCACACCUAUGAGCGGAGAAGGAACCAAAGAUUCGCCUUCUAGCUUCCGUUCUAGAUCUGAAAAGAGCUCUGAUGACGGCGGUGGUAGAAGCGAAGUUCUUCCGCCACCACCAAGAUCGUCAGGCCGAGGCAAGGUUGCCAUAUGGUUAGCAAAGAGCAUGAGGUACGACUUAGAUCCUCGCAAGCGGUCAGAUCGCCCAGAGAUAAUCGACCUCCAUUAUGACAGAAUCCAUAACCCAGAAAACUGUUUUCAUAUCCAGUUAAGUUGGAUGAAUGCAACUCCCAAACUUGUCGAAGAUGCAGUUGUAUCUUGGGCUGGGCUGGCAGAGAAAUACGGACUGAAAUUGGUCGAACUACCACUCUCUGAGGCCUCGUCAAUUAUCGAGUCACAAGUCUUCAGACGCCCGUUUCCAAUAAAGCUUAAACACCCACCACCCGAGCCCCCAUCUGCGAACCUCUUCACCUCCACAUCUUUUGCGUCUCAAUGUGCUCCGGACCGCCAUUUCUAUCAUAAAGCCAUCCUAAAGAAGUUUGAUUUUAUCCUUGAUUUUGAACCUUACAGCGCAUUUCCAACAGAUGUCGAAGUAUCUUAUUCGUGGGGUAAGCCUGAUUAUAGAUUCCCUCAAUACGUUCACAGGUCUGGAGCGGUUCUCGCCCAAAUCACGGAUGAAGGAGACUUCCUACUCUUAACCAAUCGAUUGUUCAACACCUACCAUCCUUCCGUUGUGAUUAAGGAGUCAACCAAGUUUGAGCGAAGCGAAUAUUUCCGGCCGCGUGCAUCUACCAUUGUUGACUCUACACUGUAUGAUCGUGGUUCUCCUCACCUAUCACCAGUCGUACGCAGCUCCGGAAUCAACGGCUUCUCACCUUCUGUCACACCACAGCCACAGCAGCAGCCCGAGCCUAUCAACCUAUAUCAGGCAGCAGCAGAUCUGAAAGACAAAUUACAAGCGUUCUGUAACGACAAGGAGAAGCUGGAUGCUUUCUUUGCUACUGCUGCUGCGCAGGGGAGACCAGUUUCCACGAAAGCCAGCCCAACGAACACAAUGACUUCUGACUCGUUGAUCCCGUCCCUGGUGUUACCGGACAGCGUAGUACGCCAUUCAACCUCAAGUUCGGCGGGGAAAGUGCCUCAACGGUCUGCCUCCAUAGACUCGGUCGUGGUACAACAUACGCCCCGAUAUAGCCCGGCGCACGAUUUUCCAGGAACUCCUCAACUAUAA